UCUGAUGAUGCAUAUUUUGCUUGUUCUUGGCUAUCAGCCUGUCGAGGGAGUGGUGAACAGCACACUAACGACUUCCCUUUCAGUGAUUUCAGCUCAUAUUCCCAAGGAGCCAUGAUGGCACCUACAAGCGGACUCUUUUCUUUUCCCCAAUCAGGACAAGCCGACUUCCAAAGCACAAUGUGGGAUACCACAGAUGGAGCACAGACCUUCCAAGAAGAGGACUUCCAAUACACAUAUGGCCACAUUACACCCCGAGGACAGGACCAAUCCGAUGGCAAAUGGUCACCCAUUGAGCAGACGGCCACUGCUAUCCCUGAGCCCAUGCGGCGAGUUAGCUCGCGCAGCUCGGCCGGAUCACACAAGCACAGGACUAUGAAAGCCACAAAGCACAAGAGCCGGCCGAGACUCCUCUCCACGGUGUCUCAGAGCUCGCGCAUCUUGGACUUUGAUAUCACAGGUAAUGCAUCCAUGGAUACAUUCCUCCUGCCAGAAACGGAUGCGCAGUCUGUCUCGUCGCAGAUGUAUUAUCCGAAUGUCCCCUUGGCUGUGGGCCUUCCCACGGAUGGAUUGGCCUUCUCGGCUGCCGGCAUCUCGCCCAGCAUGACACAGCACAUUGAUCCUGCUCACAUGCAAUUGCACUACGACGGUGCUCUUGCCGGGUCUCCUUCUGCUUCCUGGGGCUCCUCCCCGGUUGAGUCUCGCAUCUCCUCCCCAGGAAUUCCCGAGGAUGCGUCUGCUUGGUCCCUCCCAAUGGCCGCCUCGCCCUCGCAAACCAGCGACUCUUCCCCAAUCAUGGACAGCAUCUCCCCAAGCUUGGACCGCCAGAUGGGUCUCAUGACCACGGACGAUGUGAAUGCAAACAUCCUCAGCGAGGACAUGUUCUCAUUGCCUCCUGCCUUUUCCCGCCGAUCCAGCGACGAUGGCGAGUCUUCUGCUCGCAACCACCCCUUGUACAAGACUGCCUUCCCGGCUGCCGAUGGCCUCUUCCACUGCCCUUGGGAGGGCCAGGCUUCUUGCAACCACAAGCCCGAGAAGCUCAAGUGCAACUACGACAAAUUUGUUGAUUCGCACCUCAAGCCCUACCGCUGCAAGAUCACCUCGUGCGAGAACGCCAGGUUCUCUUCCACGGCCUGCUUGCUUCGUCACGAGCGCGAGGCUCACGCCAUGCAUGGACACGGCGACAAGCCGUACCUGUGCACCUAUGAGGGAUGUGACCGUGCCGUGCCGGGCAAUGGCUUUCCCCGGAACUGGAACCUCAAGGACCACAUGAGACGCGUCCACAACGAUAACGGCAGCUCCAUGAGCAUUCCCAGCGGAUCCCCCGUUUCCUCUCAGGCAGCGUCCCAGGCUCACAAGGAGUCCAAGAGCCGCAAGAGAAAGAGCAAAGAUGUCUCCGAGGCCGUAUCUAGCAGCCGCAGGCAGUCCUCCCGUUCUGCGGAGGUUGCUGCGGCUCGUGCCGCAGAGCAGGCCAUGGUCGAGGAGUGGCACCAGCAUCGGAAGGCACUCGACGCCUAUCUGACCGACUACUCAUCCCCGGAUGCCUUUGAUAUCUACGGAACCUUUUCCGAUGCUCAGUCACACAUGACUGCUAUGGGCAAGAUUACCCAGCAGCUUCACUCCAAGAAGGCCCGUGCCUCCAUGGAUGCCUACACCCGUCGCUCGUACGGGGAGCACUCUGGCUGAAUGAAGCAAGCCGCUGGGGACUACUCAUUUUUUCAAAACUUCCUUAUCCACGGCUUCAUUCAAUCGCUAUUGAUGCGAACAGAGCAAGGUCCGGUUCCAGUCCGUCUCGGCUGAUUGGCCCUAAAGGCCCAUCAAAGGCCCCGGCUGGCCAGCAGUGGUCGUUGUUUCCUCAUCUACCGAUACAUGGUAAUGGUG